UGCGGUUGUGUUUUGUGAGGUUUUGAGUUUUGUCUUGCGUUUUCCCGCGCAAUCUGUCUGGCUGGGGUAUCUGCUGGGUACUUACAAACCCGAAUGCCAAUGUUUUCAUCAGUUGUUAAAAGUCCCAAUUAAUUAGUCCGUCUCGCCCGCCGUAGUCUGUAGUGCGUGCAUGUAGUGAAAGAACAUCACCAAUCGAUGUUCCAGUUGCCGACCACAAUCAUUCGGAACCCAUCCGUUCCGGUUCCGUACUCGAUUCGGUGCACAUCCUGAUUUAGUGUAUCGGAAUUCGAAUGAAUGCGCGACACGGACUGCAAUCAGUGAACCAUAAUUGGGUCGGAACGUUCGAAAUUCCCAAUUGUGCCACCCACAGCCCCUCUCCGUGUUCGACCCAUUCAGUGAGUGAGUGAAGAGAAACAGUGAAAAAGAGGCACGAGGACGCGACUCGGACGGACCAAACCCCCGGAAUAAGUGAAAUCCAACCAUGCAAUGAAUUUAACACCGCCACCGCACGCCAAAAGCCACUUCCAAAAUCAACAGCAACGAAUUUGCAUGUGGUGGACCAUUCGAUCGAAGAAGAAUGCUUUUGCGCCGGAAAAAUAUGUCAAAGUUAAACACAAAUAAGUGGGGACCCCGGGGAUUAAUUAGCGUUGGCGUUGGCAGUCGAGUGACGCAUUGCUGGGGCCCACAGCUGAUGAUCAUCUCCUGCUGCAGCAUUUGCUGCGUCCUCCUGAUGGUGGGAGUUCCUGUGGUCCAUUCGGCUCCUUCGCUUGCGGCCAAAUCCUGGCCAGUGAUGAAAAACUAUGACAUCUGGGGAACGUCCUCUGAUGCUGCCGGCCAAUCUCCCACGGAUGUUGAUGCAGUCGAAUCAUCAAGGAGCCAUUCAUCGGAGCCACUGGAUGCCAAUUUGCAAAAUGGCACCGAAUUGGUCGGCGGAUGGCUGCGAAGUGGUGGCCGGACCUUUGGGCUGGAACCAUUUCGGCGGUCAUCGGGCCAAGAAUGAGCUGUUCCAGGUGGAGGAAGCAGCCGAUGGACAGUACUUGUUCGAUGGUGAAGGCGAUGGUGCCAGAAGACGAAAACGGCCCCCUGGUGGACGAGGAC